CCCCGCCGCCGCCACCAUGGCCAUCGCGCACAUCGCCACCGAGUACGUCUUCUCGGACUUCCUGCUGAAGGAGCCCUCGGAGAGCAAGUACAAGGGCCUGAGGCUGGAGCUGGCCGUCGACAAGCUGGUCACCUGCAUCGCCGUCGGGCUGCCCCUCCUCCUCAUCUCGCUGGCCUUCGCCCAGGAGAUCUCCAUAGGUACCCAGAUGAGCUGCUUUUCUCCAAGUUCGUUUUCCUGGCGCCAGGCUGCUUAUGUGGACUCUUAUUGCUGGGCAGCUGUGCAGCAGAAACAACAUUCACAGAGUGACUCAGGACACCUCCCGCUCUGGCUUCAUAAAUUUUUCCCCUACAUCCUUCUGCUAUUAGCCAUCUUGCUGUACCUGCCAUACCUCUUCUGGCGCUUCACUGCAGCUCCUCACCUUUUCGCUGACCUGAAGUUUAUCAUGGAAGAACUCGACAAAGCCUAUAACAGAGCGAUCAAAGCUGCAAAUAGCUGUUAUAAUAGUGAUAUGAGGGACACAGCCGGCUCCACACCAGUCGUUAAUGAGAACAUUGCUCAGAGUUUUUGGGAGUUAUCUGAUAGUCACUUUAAAUACCCCAUUGUGGAGCAGUAUUUGAAAACAAAGAAAGGUUCCAAGAACUUACUCCUCAGGUACAUAUUUUGCCGUUUGUUGACACUGACAAUUAUUGUCUUGGCUUGUAUUUACCUGGGCUACUACAUCAGUCUGUCCUCUGUGACCGAUGAGUUUAUAUGCAACAUCAAAACUGGGAUCUUAAAGAAUGACACAACGGUUCCUGAACGGUUCCAGUGCAAACUGAUCGCUGUGGGGAUCUUCCAGCUACUCAGUUAUAUCAAUUUCAUUGUCUACUUCUUCCUCCUGCCCCUUGUGAUUUAUGCCUUGCUGGUACCAUACAGGCAGAGCUCAGAUAUCCUCCAAGUGUACGAGCUUCUGCCGACCUUUGAUGUUCUCAAAGUCAAAACGAAGAGCUAUGACGAUUUAAGUCUCUACCUCCUCUUCCUCGAAGAAAACGUCAGCGAGCUUAAAUCUUACAAGUGCCUCAAAGUUCUGGAGAACCUGAAAGGCAACGGAGAGAAAUUCGAUGCCAUGCAGUUGUUGAUGAAUCUUGGCUCAAUUAAAACAGAUGCCACAGAUAGCAAGUCAAAGGGGAAGAAGACGGAAGCUGAAACAGCAAACAAUGAGGCAGAAUUACAAGAUCUGACAGGAACCACGUUGCCUGCUGAUGGAGCAAAAACAAGUAAAGAAGAUGGCAAACUUCGUCAGAGACUUCUGGAUUCUUCUUGCUGAUCCCCUGGUUAAUGAUUACUCAGCUAUGAGGAUUCCUCCCAGUGCAAGCCAUGUUGAACAUGGGGCAAUUAUCUUCUUGCGCAAGGGCAGGACAAGGAGCAUAUCAUAGUUUAUAAGCUUUGUAUGUGACCAUGUUUACGUAACUACCUAGCCUUCUCCGCUUAAAGGCGUACUGUUGAGCUGUUUUAUACUAAUUUUGUUUUUUAGAGAGACAGUAGGGAGAAAGUGCAAGUUUAUCCUGGAAACAGGAUACAGAGAAACAUACUGUAAGAUGUAAUUAGGCCUGAAGGGAAAGUUGAGAGUCAGUUGGGGUGGUUUCCCCUCCUUGGUUGAUUCUAGCAGGUCUGUCGUUCUGUUCUCUUCUGAUGACUUUCUAUGGUCAUGAAGGUGGUUUACCUAGAGUCAGCUUCAUCUGUUAUACUCCGGGUGUGCUGACUGCUCUGAUUUCUCCAAAUGUGGGAGACUCAACUGCAUAAUUUGUGGUGCCUUCGUGAUUAUGAUCAUCUCCUCUGACAAGUGAACGGAAGGAUAGCUCUACCAGAUCAGGCCAAAGCCCUCUUUAGUCCAGCAUCCUACUUCCACAGUGGCCAACCAGUUUCCUGUGUGAAAGCACCAGCAGGACAGGAGGGUAAUAGUGUUUCUCCAGAACUUGUAUUGAACAGCUCAUGGGCUUGUGUGUGCUAUGUGCCAACAAGAGGCAUUUGACUGACACUGACUCUUACAGAAUUUUCAAGAUUUUUAAGGGAUAGUUUUAGCCAACAGGGAUUUGAACUGAGGUCUCAUGAAUCCUGGUUUGUCACUCUAUCCACUACACCACUCUGGCUUCCAUACUGAAAAGUAUAGCGGUACUGGAGAUUAUACAUUUGUAUCUAUCAUAGUUUGGAGUAACCUUAUCCUGAAUUACUUAUCAUUGUUGUUGUUCCUUUUUAUGCCUCUUUCCCACCAGACUAUGCUCAAAAGAGUGCAUAGUCUUGUCAGUUCAACAAAAAAAAUGUGAUAAGGACAAUUAGAAAGAACCAUAGGCCAGAUCCUAUUAGCUAGUUGCACCAGAAUAAACACAGUGGCAUAAACUGUUGCAACAAAUUGCCAGUAGUUAACAAGUCGCUGUUUGUAUCCCUCAUCAUUUGCCUGUUGGGUGGGUGGGUGAGUGACAAGGAAUAAAAGGCAGCAACUCAUUAAUUAGGGGCAAUUUGGCAUUGCAGUUUAUGGCAUUGCACUUAUGUCAGUGUUACCAACCGGUAGGACCGUGGGCAAAAGUGUAAAUAAGUGACUACAUCAUGAAAGACAAUUAUGUAUGAAAACACUGAAAAUAAACAGACUUAAUACACAUUUAAAACUAAACAGGAGAUGCAUUACUAACACAGAAAUGAAAAUACUCUACCCUCCAAAGCCAAGCGGAUCUUCAUUCCACAAAAGUAAAUAUUAGGCUGCCCACAGAUGAUUUAAUCACACUGAUUGGCAGUCACUCCUCUCACAGCCUUCCUUUCACUCAAAGGAUGGGUCUCCACAGUCUUAAGUCCCAGUUUCUGAAAUAAGGAGGGAAAUUCUAAGGCCUAAAAUCCAUUAUCCAUCCCAGCAAGAUCAGACCCAUUGAAUAAAUUGCUAACUAAGACAGCGCUUACUUAAACCACAUUGAUUCAGUGGGUCUUUUCUAGUUGGGACAAGCUAAGUCAAUUUAGGCCUGACAUGUCUUCUUUAAAUCCCACAGGUCCUCAUGAAUGUCAGUGUCUGUCUCUCCCCCUCCCUGUGCCAGUCUUGUCUUGGAGAUAAAAGGCUGCUUGGAACCAGGAUGACACGAGACAGCCCGAAACGCUCUCUGAUGUUCACCUGAUUUCUCUGAUGUUCAGUUCACACUUGAUUUCUCUGCACUUUGAAAUUUAAGUUAUCAGACAUCAGCACUGUUGAGCACUCUACUGAAAUUAGAUCUGUUUCAGUGGCUUGGAAGAAUGCAUGGGGUAUAAGUAGAUGGUGGGGAGAUCCUAGUUUGUUUCUUUUUUAAGAUAAACUGCCUUUCACUAUGCUGCAUGAUCAUUGGAAAGCAAGCCUGAAAACAAAUUGUCUUUUUUUGAAAGCUAGGUCUUUCUUGAAACUAGUACACUUACCUGGUAAAAUAUAAACCACUAAUUUUUUUCUACACGAUUGCUAUUAUUAUGUAGCAUAGGGAAAUGGGGUACUAUGAGAAGAAAGUAGACAAUGAAGCAGGUUUGAAUUUUGUUAGGCUCUUAAGCAGCUGAAAUUA